AUGGCUCUGUAUGAACUUGACGAUGAACACUUAUCUCCAGAGAAUAAUUUUAUAGGAGAUAAUGAAACAAGAAAUUUGAGAAGUAGGAAGACCGGCUCGUGGCUCAAUCAAGAAGAGAUUAAAGAAGUUGUCCGAUAUGAUCAGUUCAUUACAAUCGAUUGGAUGCAAGAUGAACUUCAGGAACAUAAAAAGUUGUUGGCAAAGAAACAAGAACUCGUCAACAGCAGUGGCACUGCGUCAAUACAAGACAGGUUUCUAUCGUUUACACUCAAUUGGUUUGUAUUGGCAAUCAUGGGGAUAUUCAUCGGUGUGAUCGCAGCGACUUUAAAUAUAAUGACUGCAUGGCUCUCGAAUAUAAGGUUGGGCCAUUGCUCCGGAGCAAUUUACCUUAAUAAGAGUUUCUGCUGUUGGAAUGAAGCUAAAGUCGAAGGCUCCGAUACCUGUAGUAAGUGGGUCUCUUGGUCGGACUACUUUGUAUUGAACUAUUUUAUGUAUAUACUAUUUUCGUUUAUCUUCUCAUUCUCCGCUGCCUUCAUAGUGAAGAAAUUUGCACCAUCGGCAGCAGGGUCGGGUAUAUCAGAAAUUAAGUGCAUUGUAUCAGGAUUCGUUAUGGAAGGAUUCUUAGGAUGGUGGACCUUGUUAAUCAAGUCCUUGGGAUUGCCAUUGGCAAUUGGUUCUGGGUUAAGUGUGGGAAAGGAAGGACCUAGUGUGCAUUACGCAGUCUGCGUAGGGAAUUGUGUUUCUAAGAUUUUUGAAAAGUAUAGAAAGCUGGCCUCUAAGGCAAGGGAAUUCUUAACAGCAACUGCCGCAGCAGGUGUUGCAGUUGCAUUUGGAUCUCCGAUGGGUGGGGUUCUUUUCUCUAUGGAAGAAAUCUCAUCGGUAUUCCAGUUAUCAACCAUCUGGAAGUCGUAUUUCUGUGCUUUAAUUGCAGUCACAACUUUGGCAGCGAUUAACCCCUUUGGAACAGGCCAGUUAGUCAUGUUUGAAGUAACGUAUGAUACUAAUUGGCAUUACUUUGAAAUCCCUUCAUACAUCUUACUAGGAAUAUUUGGGGGUGUUUAUGGAAUAAUAGUCAGUAAAUAUAACAAGAGAGUGGUCUCAUUCCGUAAAAAGUACUUAUCAAACUAUGCUUUGAGAGAAGUGGUCACUUUGGCAAUCUUAACUGCUUCAUUUAGUUACUUCAACGAAUUCUUGAAAAUAGAUAUGACUGAAUCUAUGGAAAUCCUUUUCCAUGAAUGUGGAAAGGGCUUUGAUCAUCCAAUGUGUGACCCUGACUCGAAAAAGACAUUGUUGAUAUUCUCUUUGUUGUUUGCAACUAUCUCAAGAAUGGUGUUGACAAUCUUUACUUAUGGUUGCAAAGUGCCUGCAGGUAUAUUCGUUCCAUCUAUGGCUGCAGGUGCUACAUUCGGUAGAGCAAUCGGUGUAUUGAUGGAUAUGCUACACAGUUCUCACCCAAACUCAUCUAUAUUUUUGACCUGCCCAACUCCAAAUAGCGAUGGAACAACGCCAAAAUGUAUUAUACCUGGUACAUAUGCAUUUUUGGGAGCAGCUGCUGCAUUGAGCGGAAUUACCCAUCUUACAGUCACUGUUGUCAUUAUCAUGUUCGAAUUGACUGGAGCCUUACGAUACAUAAUUCCUACUAUGAUUGUGGUCGCAAUUACUAAAAGUAUUAAUGAUAAAUGGGGUGAAGGUGGCAUUGCUGAUCAAAUGAUUAAAUUUAAUGGAUUACCAUUAAUUGAAGUAAAUGAAGAACACCAUUUUAAUAAUGACCUAGUAAUUGAAGCUAUGUCAACUGUAACUGUAACUUUGCCGUUUUCAAGAGACGAGCUGGUUUCUAUUAGCCAAUUGAGAAAGAUACUUAGCAAAACGAAGUUCAAAGGAUUCCCUGUAAUUCAAUCAUUUUCCAUUCCUAAGAUAAUAGGAUAUGCUACAAGAACUGAUCUUUUACAUGUACUUUCAUCGAAUGACCAGUCUACUUACGACGAUGCUGAACUUUGCGAUUUUAGCAAGGAAAACGGCCCAUUCAACAAAAUUCUCAACCACUCACCAGUGAUAAUAAACAAAGAUACAACCAUAGGGUAUUUACUUGAUAUUUUCCACAAAUUAGGUCCGAGAUAUGUAUUAGUUGAAAAUGAAGUAGGGUUGCUCUGUGGUUUGGUUACAAGAAAGGAUGUUUUAAGAUAUGAACAUUCCAUUGCAGAUAAGACUAACGUCAAACAUUUACGGAAGGUGGAAGAUGAAUUUAACGACAAAGUAUGGAACUUGAUGUUAUACUGCAAUAUUUCAAUGAGAAAGACUCUAGGCAAAUUAUUUCAUAAUAAUGAAAAUAGGUAUUUGUGA